AUGGGCGCAAUUGGACAUACGAACUAUCCUCCCGGAAUUGACAUCGCAAGUCACCAUGUAACCAUUGAACAGGAUCUACGACAACAACUACAGCGGUUUUGGGAGCUAGAAGAGGUGUCUGGGGAUUGCCCACUCACCCCGGACGAAGCUUAUUGUGAGAGGCUGUUCGCAACGACCCACACUCGUGACACAAAUGGACGUUAUGUCGUUCGCCUACCCCGUAAGCAAGAAACCUCGUUAGAACACGGAGAUUCAAGGUGCAGAGCACUGCGUUUACUCUUAGCAGCCGAGAGUCGACUACGGAGAAACCCUUCGCUCUUCCAGUCAUACGUCGAGUUCUUGAACGAUUAUUCUGAACUCGGUCACAUGGAACCGGUGCCAGAAGCAGAAAUUAAGGGCAACGGUUCAUACUACCUGCCACAUCAUGCAGUGGUUAAGACAGCUAAUCCAAGCGGAAAAAUCCGGGUAGUUUUUAACGCCUCUUUUCGAACGUGCACAGGAGCAUCUCUGAAUGAUCUCCUGCUGCCCGGCCCAAAACUUCAAGCGGAACUUUGGUUAAUACUAACUAGAUGGCGGUUAUUUUAA